AUGGACAUACUUGGUUCACUUCUAGUAACAUUCUCGGGAAAUAAGUAUUUAUUAGUUGUGGUCGAUUGCUUCACUAAAUGGGUUGAGGCAUUCCCCUUAAAGAAUAUUAGAACGAAGACCAUUGCAGAGAUCUUCUUGAGUCAGGUUAUCUCGAGACAUGGGGUCCUGUUAGAAGUCCAUACGGAUCAGGGAAGAAAUUUUGAAUCCAGGAUUUUUCGGGAAUUAUCACAGUUGCUCGGAAUUAAGAAAACGAGAACUUCUGCUCUACAUCCUCAACAUGAAGCCACUGGUGUAACUCCGGCGGAAAUGUAUUUCGCUCAAGAUCUUAGGCUUCCUGUAGAUCUGCUUCGAGGGAAUCCCCCAAAGUUUGAGGUAGGGAACUCGACGAACGAUUAUUUAGGUAAAAUAAAGAGAAAGUUAGAAGAAGUUCACGAUCAAGUUAGGAAGCGGAUCGAUAUUAAGUCUUCUCGAACCAAGACCUGGGUGAAAGGUAAAGCUCCUAAGUUGCAGAGUAGCUGGGAAAGUCCUUACUGUAUAGUAAAGAAACUUAGUGAUGUGGUUUAUUGUGUUCGCAAGUCGAGUAAACAUAAAAAUAAAGUUGUUCAUUUAGAUAGACUGGCACCUUACUUAGAAAGACAAUUGGUCUAA